CGGGAACCGGCCGGGGCGGGGCGAGGAAGCGGGUGGCCGCCCGGGUCGCUGAGCGCUGUGGCUGCACCACGACCCUGGUGCAUCUGUCCGUCUGUCCGUCCGUCCACCCGCCCAGCCAUGGCUGCGCUGACCCCCACGCCACGGAUCCUGUUGCUGGUGCUGUUGCUGCUACCGCCGCCUCCGGGUGCCCAUGGUGAGGUGUGUAUGGCUUCCCGUGGACGCAACCUCUUCCCUGAAAUCUGUCCUGAUUUCUGCUGUGGCACCUGUUACUACCAGUAUUGCUGCUCUGAUGUGCUGAAGAAAUUUGUGUGGAACGAGGAAAGGUGUGCUGUGCCUGAGGCCAGUGGGCCUACCGACAUGGAGCCACUGGAGCAGCUGGGCUCAGCGCUGAGGUUUCGCUCCAGCUUGGAUGGCGAUCCCAUGUCAGGGUUCGGGGCGACUGUAGCCGUUGGCCUGACCAUCUUUGUGCUCUCUGUUGUCACCAUCAUCAUCUGCUUCACCUGCUCCUGCUGCUGCUUGUACAAGAUGUGCCGUCGACCACGUCCGGUCGUGACCACCACCACGGCCACCACCGUGGUGCACGCCCCUUACCCACAGCCCCCAAGUGUGCCGCCUAGCUACCCUGGACCAACCUACCAGGGCUACCACCCCAUGCCCCCACAGCCAGGGAUGCUGGCAGCACCCUACCCGACGCAGUACCCACCACCCUACCCAGCCCAGCCCAUGGGCCCCCCGGCCUACCAUGAGACAUUGGCUGGAGGUGCCGCCACACCCUACCCUGCCAGCCAGCCUCCUUACAACCCGGCCUACAUGGACCCCCCGAAGGCAGCCCCCUGAGCACGCCCCUGCAUCUCUGGUUGCCACUUGAUAUGUCGUGUGUGUGAAUGGGUAUGCAGGCACGGUCCUUCUCUCCCCGUGCGUAGUGUGUGUGUCCUGUUUGUACACAAGGAUUCUUUUGAUGCUGACGAGGUGGGGAACAAUCCUUGCCAGAAUUGCUGGGACCAUAUUUUGUUCUCUUCCUCACUUGAAAUUAUGCUUCCUUGAAAUCUCAAGCAAAAUUAAAAAAACGGGUGAGAGUUCUUUUCCAGACCACCCCAGGGAGACCAGUUGUGGCUCAUCACACUAGAAUAGCACAGCUUUCUGUGGGCAAGCUGCACACAUGUUCUUGGCAGAACGGUUAGCCAUUGCUCGAGGCCAUAGCUUGUCCCCAGGGUGUGCGGUACCCUUGGAAGAAUCAGAGCCAUGAUGCAGGCAAGUGGGUGUGGCUUGACACCUGCUUACGUAGGGUUUCAAUCCUUUUGGCAGAUGUCCUAUAGAUCCUCGGAGCCUGUACCAUGCCCAGUGGAGGGUGGGCAGCCUUCUGAUAAAACAACUCGAGCAGAGCCACACCCACCCCUAAUAAUGUCUGCCUGGACUGCCCUGCAUCCUCCCUGGGACCACCUGGAAGGCCACAUCCACCCACAGUUCUGGCUUCCCUUGCUGGCCCUGGCCCCCACCACAGGUGGGCAGGGUGGUCUCUGUCUACCUACACACUCAGGUGUCCUCCCUGCAGUGUUUUUGUUUACUUUUAGCCAAAUAUUUUGCCUGUUUUCUGUUUCAAAAUGUGUGUGAUAGUUGCCGUGAGGCUGACACCCCUGAGUCCUGGAGGGAAACUGGGCCACAGAGGAGAGGCACCAUCUGACCUCUGAUAGUUCCUGCUUCCCCUGACACCAGCCUCACAGAAUAUCCAGCUCCUGUACACUAGUCGACACUUUGUCCUGGCAGCGGGGACACCUGGGCCAACAGGCCGUCUGGACCAAAGGUGGAGGGGGGCCCUGGGUGGCUGCUCUGGCCCAGACAUGAAUACCUCGGUGUUCCCUGUUCCUCUGUUAAUGUCUCACCAGAUCUGUCUUAGCCUUGUACUUGUUCACGUAUUUUUGAGAGUCUAGGGUCUGCACCCUUGUUUAUAAUAAAUGCAAACAUUUGGA